AUGGGCCACUCAGUACCACCUCUCAACGACAAGUCUCUGCUCAAGAGCCAGACAUAUGUCAAUGGAGAAUGGAUAGGCGCAAAGUCUGGCAAGACUUUCGAGGUCCACGAUCCAGCAACAGGCAAGCUCAUAGGCUCCAUGCCCGAGAUGGACCGCGCCGACACCGAAGCUGCCAUUGCUGCCGCAGCAGCAGCUCUUCCUUCAUUCCGCAAGACUACCGGUCGCGAACGCUCACGCAUGCUCCGAAAGUGGUACCAGCUCAUGGUUGACAAUGCAGAGGACCUGGCCAAGCUCAUCACAUGGGAGAACGGAAAGCCCCUGGCAGAUGCAAAGGGAGAGGUCAACUACGCUGCCAGUUUCUACGAGUGGUUCGCGGAAGAGGCGCCGCGCAUCUACGGAGAGACGAUUCCCGCGUCAGUUGCUGGGAACAGGGUGUUUACUAUCAAGGAACCAGUUGGCGUUGUCGGGCUGAUCACACCGUGGAACUUCCCAGCGGCAAUGAUCACAAGGAAAAUUGGCCCUGCCCUAGCUGCUGGCUGUACAGUGGUCGCAAAGUCUCCCGGCGAGACACCUUUCACAGCUGCUGCUCUAGCUGAGCUUGCACACCGCGCGGGAAUCCCCAAGGGUGUCGUCAACUUUGUCACCGCACUGAAAAACACAGCCGAAGUCGGCGAGACCAUCACAUCCAGCAAGACUGUCAAGAAAAUCUCCUUUACUGGUUCCACAGGCGUAGGCAAGCUUCUGAUGAAGCAGUCCUCCGACACGCUCAAGAAACUCUCGUUCGAACUCGGCGGAAACGCACCUUUUAUUGUUUUCGACGACGCCGACCUCGAAGCCGCUGUAGCAGGAGCCAUUGCAUCCAAGUUCCGUUCUUCCGGCCAGACAUGCGUGUGCGCCAACAGAAUCUACGUUCAAUCAGGCAUCUACGACGAAUUCUGCACAAGGUUCACCGAGAAAGUCAAGGCGUUCAAGGUUGGCGGUGGAUACGAUGCAAGCACCACACACGGCCCUCUGAUCCACGACCGCGCGGUGUCAAAGGUCGACGCGCACGUCCAAGAUGCCGUGAAGAACGGUGCAAAGGUCCUGUUCGGCGGCCAGAAGCUUCCUGAGCUUGGUGACAACUUCUACCAGCCCACCGUUCUCCGCGACAUGACCGUGGAUAUGCAGCUUGCCAAGGACGAGACUUUUGGUCCCGUCGCAGGUCUCUUCCCCUUCAACACCGAAGCCGAUGUCGUCAAGCUGGCUAACGCGGCCGACGUGGGUCUCGCGGGCUACUUCUUCAGCAGAGAUAUCCAGAGGGUGUACAGGGUGGCCGAGGCUCUGGAAGUCGGCAUGGUCGGCGUCAACACGGGUCUCAUUUCAGAUGCUGCCUCGCCUUUUGGCGGCGUCAAGGAAUCCGGAUUCGGCAGAGAAGGAAGCCAUCUCGGUGUUGCAGAGUACACGGUUACAAAGACCAUCACAAUGGGCGGAAAUGGCCAGCCGUUGCAGGGCGAGUGA